GCCAUGUGCCCGUCACAUUUCGUGAUGAAGGACUGAUGGUGCUUGGCUGAGGGAACGUUGGCGCCAAACCCGCGACCACCAACUUCCUCUCCUUCUUCCCUCCCUCUAUCGCGGGGGCAAAGCGGGGUCUUUGUGCUUGCCUGCGUGGCUUGCUUUUGGUUGGGUUGGCUGGGUCGCCGGCUGCACUGCCCAUUUCUUGGCCAGUGUGUUGUUUCUUUGCUGUUGGCACACGGGCAGCCAGCUCUUCCCUUUGUCUCUCUGGUGCUUGCGCGCUUGUUGUUGUUGCACUUGUUGCACCACUGUUGGCGCGCUUUUGCUACUGCCGCUGCUGCUGCUGUUGCCAGCGCUUCCCUUGCUGCUGCUGGUGCCAGUGCUUCUCAGUCUCCAUCUCUCCUCUUGUCUCGCGCGCCCUAUUCUAAGCACUGUCUCUUGCGUGUGCACAUGUGCAUGAGCGCGCGCUCCUGUGCAUUGAAGGUGACAGCCAGUUUCCAUCUUGGCGGGUCCCUGUGGCAGUUACCACAACUCUUACCCGCCUGCCUCGCCUUUUCUCAACUACCUCCCCCUUCCUCCUUCCUCUUCCUCUUCAUCUUCAUCUUCACGGUCCUUUCAUGCCCUCACUCUCGUACUGUCUUCCUCUCGUCAUCCACCCAGCACGCUCUUACGUGCCAUCACGCGCCCACACGCACACACACACACACACACACACACACACACACACGAACACGGACACGGACACGGACACCCUUGUUGCACUGCGGCCUGUGCGCUGCGCCCCUUGCUUUGGGGAUGGCUGCUUUUCGCACCAGUGUUGGCAGUUUUUCCGUCUGAGGCCACGGGCGCAUAUCCACCAUGCCCGUUGUGCAUCGGCGGCUCUGUGCGUUGUGUGCGUUGCGUGCGUCCUCGGCACCUUUCCCACUUUUCUUGCGUUGGCAACGAAAUUCAAAUUUCAGCCGAGCACAACCACCCAUUCACACACACACACACACACACAC